AUGGUUGAAAUGCAAUACAUAUUUCAGACCUCAAUGACAAUGAUAUCAUUGUAUCAGACAUUAGAAACAGUUGGCUAUAUUGGCGGCACAUUUGUUGGCCUAACCUAUGGAUAUCUAAACCGACAACUAGUAGUUGCCAUAUGCUUCAUCAUACUGGCCAUUGUGACUGCCCUAUUGCCUAUUGUACCAAAUCUACCGAUGCUCUACGUAUGCUCAGUCAUAUCGGGUUUCUGUUACAGUGUUAUCCAAUGCUCGUAUACUGUAUGGACAGUCGAGUUAUGGCCAACCAGUAGUGCACCCGUACUCUACAUCGAAGACUUUGCCUACGGUAUCGGUUCGACACUGGCUUCGGCUAUACUCAAACCAUAUCUAACUGGCAAAGUGGCCGCCGAUAUAGUGGUCGAUAGACGUGCAAAACUUAUGUGGCCGUUCAUUACAAUAGGAAUAUGUGUUAUUUUAGUUCCUCUAUCAUCGUUGAUCAUGUACUUAAUAAAACCAUACAAACAAAAACAUUGCAAUAGACGGGAACAGUGUUCAAUAGGACAGUCAUCAAACUAUGGCGAUGAGGUUAUGCCGACUAACACUACAGCCAAUGAUAAACUGUUUGACCGAUCGGAUACACCGCAGACUAUGAUGCGGGUGCUGUUUAUCGGCUGGUGUACAACAGUAUCAAGUUUAUCGACGGAGUUCCUCAUGUUUAUGUUUACAUACAUGCAAAAGUCACCGGUCCAGGUGUCACCGCAAACCUGUUCCGACAUUAUGAUGGCAGCCUCAUCAGUCUAUACUGUUUUUACGAUAGUCAACGCAGUCCUAACAGUACGGGUGGGCAUAAAUCCAAUUAUUUACGGUUACUACGCCAUAGUAGUAGUAGCUGCCUGUAUACUGGUGAUUGGCCACUACUAUCUGACGGCUCUAUGGGUGGCCGCCAUAUUGAUGGGUUGGGGCUUAUCGGCAAUGAUUACCGGUCUCUAUGCGUUUACAGCCAAAUAUUUUACGUUUACCAACCAGUUGAGCACCGGUAUUAUUAUGGCACGCGGUGUCUGUAAACUGUUUACACCCGUAAUCAUUGGCCAGUUUAUCGAUGACCACUCCUAUGUGUUUCUAAUAGUCGAAUGGAUUUAUUUGAUGCUAUCUAUUGCCAUAUUUUUGCCGAUUAUAUGGCUUAUUAGGCGUUACGAAAAUUUAGUGGUCAAAUAA